AUGCCUAUCCGACUCUCAGCCUGCCGGAUCCCCACCCUCCUAAAAUCUUCGCUCUACAACACCCGUCUUUACAGCACGCCAACUUCAACCAUAAAAGUCACCCGCGUUCCCGCACCGCACGCCGGCAACAUACGCAUCCUGUCUCUCGACCGCCCUUCAGCCAGAAACGCAAUCUCAAAACAACUACUCUCAGACCUGCGCCAACAAAUUGAGGAAAUCAGCAAUGAGGGCGAAGAUGGACCUACAAGGGCUUUGAUUCUGGCGUCCGAGUCUGAUCAGGCGUUUUGUGCGGGUGCGGAUUUGAAGGAGAGAUUGACCAUGAGUGGAGAUGAAACAAAACACUUCCUCACCCUCCUCCGCGACACCUUUACCCGCCUCUCCCUCCUCCCCAUCCCCACCAUCUCAGCAAUCUCCUCCGUCGCAUUCGGCGGCGGCCUCGAAUUAGCCCUCACAACAACCUUCCGCGUCUUUGGUUCCACAUCACUCGUCGCCUUACCAGAAACAAGAUUAGCAAUCAUCCCCGGCGCAGGAGGAACUUUCCGUCUGCCAGCUUUGAUUGGCACUGCAAGAGCCAGGGAUAUGAUUUUAACGGGCAGAAGGGUCACAGCAGCUGAAGCUUACUUCCUGGGCUUGUGUGAUAGGUUGGUCGAGGUGGAUGAGGUGCAGGGAGACAAGAGCAAGGAGAGGGAGUUGGUGUUGACCCAGGCUGUGGCGCUGGCUAGAGAUGUUUGUGAGGGUGGUCCUGUGGCUACGAGAGCUGCGUUGCAGGCGGUCAACAGUUGGGGUGCGGGUGAGGAGGCCGAGAACCAGGCUUACGAGCGCGUUCUGAUUACUCAGGACAGGAUAGAGGCCCUCAAGGCGUUUGGUGAAAAGAGACCGCCUAUCUUCAAGGGUAAAUAG